AUGUUGUCUAUAUUUAGACGGUGGUGGGGGCUGUGUGGAGGUGGUGGGGGUGUAUGGAGGUUGUGGUGGGGGGGUCCAGCUGCCAGCUGGUGGCUCGUGUCCGCGGACAGGGCGGCCGCUGUGGGCGUGCAGGCUGCACCGCCCCGCCGUCCUCUUCUCUCCUCUCCUCUCCUCGCCGCUCCUCAUCUGUCCCCCGCGCCCCCCUCCCCCGCGCCGCUCCCCCCUGGUUAUUCUCGGACCGGUGGCGGCAGGCGGGGCGACAGUCGCCCGCGUGACGCGCAACGAAUAACACGCGCGGAUCCAAAAACAAACAGCGACGGUCGCGGAAAAUGCAUUUUCCGGGUGCAAGGCGCAGGCGGUGCGGUGCGGCGCGGUGUUGGGGUCGCCGGGGGUGUGCGGGGGUGCGCGGGGCGCGGGCCGGGGGUGAGGGGAGGGGGUGUCGAGAAGGGUGCAAGCAAUGAUGGACAUCGUAUUGAUUUCUAUCUGGCCGCUCCUCCCUUAUCGUGGUGGUGCAGGGCGCGCGCCAUCGAUCGUCGUUGCACCGUGUCUCCAUCCCCCGGGGUGUCCCGCGGCCGAGCUGGUCUCCGGCGACCCCAGUGCGUGUUGUUAUCGUUCACGUCCUCACUCGCCUCGCCUCACGUGGACCGAUAUUCAGAUUUAAUAUUUUUUAAUGAUUUUCGAAAACGAGCAAAAAUCCGAACAUCCACAUCUCUUACAGACAAAAGCAGCUUUAAAGACGGAACAACCCUAUAUGAUAUAGUGAUAAAAGGAAGAGAGGAAGAGCGAGGAGAGUGUCCAUCUCCUGAUAAAGUGACAGUCGCUAAGGUGGCGUCCAUAACUAGCCGCGUGGAAUGCGCUGGCGCGGAGUAUAGCGCGCGGGCACGAGCAGACGGCGCCCUGCCGCCCUCCGAGCACGCCAUGGCCACCGACACCGGUCAGUAA